CACCGACCUGUUGUGCGCAGGAGUCGGCGGGGGGUGGGGUGAGGAGCUGGACCCCGGGUCUGUGCCGACCUCGGGAGCGGCCCCCAUCCCGCCCAUCCCGGAAGGGGCUCGAGAGCAGCGGGAGUGGGGACGACGCGCAGUGUCCAAGGAUGUCCCGGACUCAUGCUGAGGAUUCUGAGGAGCACGAUUCUGAGGAUUCAACGGGAUAAAAUCGUGUCCCAUCCACAGUAAGCACGCCAUACCUGCUAGAUACUAUUUCUUUUAUUGUUCAAACUUUUCUCCUCCUCAAAAAGCUUUCCUACGGUCUUAGCCCGCGCCGCCCUCAUCUCCACAUCUUCGGUAGAGCGAAGCCGCCAAAAACACCCUGAACGCCCGCAGAGCAGCAUACUAAUAAAGUUUUAUUGUAACAAAGCCGGGGAAAAUAAUGUUCCAGACAUUAUUUUCUCAGCAGCCAAUCCAGAAAGUUGAACGCGUAUGCCGCCGCCACCCCCCACCCCCCAGCCUCAGAGGUCGGAAGGCGGAAGCCGCGUACGUCCCGGAUGCUUCGUAAGAGCCUCCAGUCAACCUGAGCCCAGGUCCCCCGUCUCAGUGCAGCCAUGAGUGCGGAGGUGAAGGUGACAGGGCAGAACCAGGAGCAGUUUCUGCUCCUGGCCAAGUCGGCCAAGGGGGCGGCGCUGGCCACACUCAUUCACCAGGUGCUGGAGGCUCCUGGUGUCUACGUGUUUGGGGAACUGCUGGAUAUGCCCAAUGUUAGAGAGCUGGCUGAGAGUGACUUUGCGUCCACAUUUCGACUGCUCACAGUCUUCGCUUAUGGAACAUACGCUGACUACUUAGCUGAAGCCAGGAAUCUUCCCCCACUCACAGAAGCUCAGAAGAACAAGCUUCGACACCUCUCAGUCGUCACCCUAGCUGCCAAGGUCAAGCCUCACUCCCUGUCCCAGUGUAUCCCCUAUGCAGUGCUGCUGGAAGCCCUGGCUCUGCGCAAUGUGCGGCAGCUGGAAGACCUUGUUAUUGAGGCCGUGUAUGCUGAUGUGCUUCGAGGCUCCCUGGACCAGCGCAAUCAGCGGCUGGAAGUCGACUACAGCAUUGGCAGGGACAUCCAGCGCCAGGACCUCAGCGCCAUUGCACGUACCCUGCAGGAGUGGUGUGUAGGCUGUGAAGUUGUGCUAUCAGGCAUCGAGGAGCAAGUGAGCCGUGCCAACCAGCACAAGGAGCAGCAGCUGGGCCUGAAGCAGCAGAUAGAGAGUGAGCAUCUCCUAGUCCCUUCCUCCUGGCAGGUUGCCAACCUUAAAAAAACUAUUAAAGUCACAACGGCAGCGGCAGCUGCAGCCACAUCUCAGGACCCUGAGCAACACCUGACUGAGCUGAGGGAACCUGCUUCUGGCACCAACCAGCGCCAGCCCAGCAAGAAAGCCUCGAAGGGCAAGGGGCUCCGAGGGAGCGCCAAAAUCUGGUCCAAGUCAAACUGAAGGGACUGUUCUUCCUUCCCUGGAGAUGUGGAAUCCCAGCCACCUGCCUCAUUAGGAGUCCUCAGAGCCUUCCUGUGCCCCUGGCCAGCUGAUACUAGUUCAUGACCUUCCUCCUUCUGCACCUGCAAGCAUAGGUCAUAGCCUUGCUAGAGAGCCAUCUAGUACAGGUCAUUUUUGUUGGUACUUUUUGUUUCGUGUUACUUCCUUCUGUGUCCCAUUGCCCCAUCUCCCUGCUGUUUCUAAGAGCUCAGCCUCUGUCCUUCUCCAUGACUUCUGUCACUUGGUAGGUAUGCAGUUCUGAUGGGGGUUCCAGUGUCUCUAGCAUAACCCAUAGGUAUACUCCUGCCCCCAUCCCUGCAUGCCUCACCCUCAAUUCCUGCUCCCUACCUGUGCCUCUUGGGCAGCACUUUUAUUCCCACCCUGAGGAUCCUGGGAACCAGUCUGCCUUUAUUGGGGUCACUGGGAACUUUGACCCCAGAAUCCCAUCACACUACAGUUGUUUCCUGUUUCCUCCCCUUGAGUCCUGGGAACAUUGCUGCCUCAGGACCCCAGAGCCAAGAAGGACAGCUAUUUCUUAGGGUAUUGACAGUUGAUUCUUGGCUCUGACCAUCUUGCGAAGCCCAUUGUCCACCCUGGAAGGGUUUAUACCCUCUUGUGGAUUUGGUGGAGGGGAAGGGAAUAUAGAUUGUAUUUAAGAAAAAGAAAAAGGUAUAUACAUAUAUCUAUAUAUAACAUGAUGCAAAUAAAUCUAUAGAUCUAUCUACAAA